AGGGGGACAAGGGGACACCGGGACAGCGGGGCGCGGGCGGGCAGCGCCGGGACAGCGGGGCAGGGGCACGGGGGUGCGGCCGGGCGGGGUGUGCGGGGACGCCACGGCAACAGGCCAAAGCAAUCGAGACCAGAGCAUGUGGCGGCGCCUGGUGCACCUGGACCUGAAGGGCGCCGCGCCGCGCGCGCAGUACCUGGAGCAGCUGCUGCCGCUGCUGCGCUCCCUGGGUGCCACGGGGCUGCUGCUGGAGUAUGAGGACACCUUCCCGUACACGGGGCCGCUGCAGGUGCUGCAGGCCCCCCACGCCUACAGCCCCGAGGAGCUCCAGGCGCUGCUGGGCUGGGCACGGGCGCAGGGCCUGGACGUGGUGCCCCUGGUGCAGAGCUUUGGGCACAUGGAGUUUGUGCUGAAGCACAGGGAGUUUGCCCACCUGCGGGAGGUGAAGGAGCUGCCCAACGCCCUGAACCCGCACAAGGAGGAGUCGCUGGCACUGGUCAAAGCCAUGAUUGACCAGGUCAUGGCCCUGCACGAGGACCUGCAGUGGUUCCACAUCGGAUGUGAUGAGGUCUACUACCUUGGCCAAGGAGAGGAGUCAAAGCAGUGGCUGCAGCAGCAAAACAACACUCCAGAGAAGCUGUGCUUGUCCCACAUAAAAGCAGUUGCCACUUGUUUGGCCUGGUCUUACCCCACGGUGACACCCAUCGUGUGGGACGACAUGCUCAGGGGGAUAAGUGAGGAAACACUGGCAGAGUCCGGGGUCCCACAGCUGGUGCAGCUCAUGAUCUGGGACUAUGCAACAGACAUCAACGUGGGGGGAAAAGUGCAGCUGAUAGAGAAGUACCGCAGGUGUGGCUUCUCCAAGGUGUGGCUGGCAAGUGCCUUCAAGGGAGCCACGGGAGUGAACCAGUCUCUCACCCUGAUCGGGCACCACCUCAGGAACCAGCUGGAGUGGCUGCAGGUGGCCAGCAGGAGCCCUGCUGAUGUCCUGGAAGGGAUCGCGCUGACCGGCUGGCAGAGGUAUGAUCACUUCUCUGUUUUGUGUGAGCUUCUCCCUGUGGCAAUUCCAUCCCUGGCCGUGUGUCUGCAGACAGUAAAGCAUGGUGGAUAUUCUGAAAAGAUUAAAGAAAAUGUGGAAAUCCUCCUGGGAAUGCCUAACCUGGAAAUUGAUACUUUCAUGAGCCCAAGUGUGGGGACCUUUCCUGGGAGCAAUAUCCUCACCCUUGUGACAGAAAUCAGCUUCCACCUCAAGUCAUCAGUGGAUGAACUUCUCGAAAGGAACAGGUAUGCCACAGGCUGGUUCAGCCCCUACCACAGGAAAAAGAAGAUUAUUCAUCCUAUCAUAGUGCACCACCUGCAGCCAGAUGCAGUCAGGCUCUUCUCCAAGUGGAAUGCUGUGGUGCAAGACCUGCAAGCUGCCAUGGAGCAAGUUUUCCACAGGUGUGCUAUAGAGGAAUGGAUGGAGGAGAAUGUCCACCCCAGCCUGCAGAAGCUGCAGGAGAUGCUGGAUGAUUUAGAUGAAGCAAUAAGAGCACAAAAUUAAGGGCAUUUCAAUUAGUCUGACUCAUUCCCUGGGAAAACAUGGCUAGUGAAAAUCAGCAACUAGCCCUUGAGCUGGAGUUUGUCAUCUUGAGAGUAAAAGCAUGAACUGUGGUUAAACAAAAGUAACCUGAAGGCAUUUAUUAGCAUAAAACACUUCAACUCAAUUUUCCUGUCUUAACACGUGCUGAGCCUUAAUUCACCUGCCUGUCAGUCAGGUUUGCUGCCCUUGCAUAACAGAAUGCAGGAGAGAGUCACAGCUCACUCUCCUACAAGGCAGGAGAAAAAACCCAGUUUCUUCCAAAUUCAGGAUUUGUAGCAACACCCUCACAUAACAAUGACCUGGGAAAGUUCUACCCUAAUAUUCAGGAUACUUUAAAAAUGUUUGGGUCAUUUUGUUCUGUACCAAACUCCUUCACCUGUCAGCUGUGCUCUGAGUUGUGUCCUAGCAUUCAUUCCGUCAGGAGGAAUGAGGAGCCAGAGGGAGCUCCUGAGGCACCUGGGCUUGGAGGGGAAGUGCCUCAACACCUUGGGCUGCUUCCCCUUCUGCCAGAGCCCCAGAGCUCAGCCCCAUCCCCACAGAAAAGCAGCACCCACUCACUGAGACCUCAGACUGCAACCUGCACCUCCCAGGUUUGUCCCAGUUUGAGCCACGACUAAAGCUACUAAAUGUAAGGAAAAAAUGCUGGUUUAUUCUGCUUUAAUGUGAAACUUGUCAUAAUGUAUAGAAAUAUAUUUUGGGGACUUCUGGUGACGAUCCCAAUUCUCCACUCAAUGGAGAGCAUUCAUAAGUAUAGUUGUUAAGUAUGUUACUUCACCAUGAAUAUUCAAAAUAUUUAUUUCUGUGCUUCAUUUAUGCCUUUCUUUAAAUUUUUUGGGAGCACUGGUAUUGAAAUUUUCUUGGAACAAAUUUUAACAUACAAAAAGUAAAAUUACACAUAAGACAAGCUUCAAGUGACUCCAUGAGGGCCUCAGUGACAAGGUCCACAUGCAGAUAUUCAUCUAAAAAGAAGCAGUUGCUAUGUAUACCUGUCACACAGCUUGAACUAAACAAGAUCUUAAUUUAUUUUACUUGAAUAAAACCUUUGAUACUCAAAGUGUUUGUAGAAUGGUGUUGCUUUUUGUGUAUAGCAUGUUGUUGGUUUGGUUUAAAGGAGGGAAAAUGGGAA